AUGCCUAACAUAUUAGACCUCAUACAGUUAUUGAUAGACCCAAAUAAAAAUGUAUCAGUUUGCUUUAUGUGUUUCAAACAAGGUAAUACUGAUGAGAUGUUGAAUGUUUAUGAAGAGGACAUAUACAUAGAGGGUUUACGAAGUCAACAACUUAGUUUAGUGGCACUUAUGAAAGAAAUUUUUCCAAAACAAGACAUUAUAUUAGGCCAAGCUUGUCAAAAAUGUGUAGACUUAGUAUUAAAUAUUUAUACUUAUUUAAGAAGAAAAAAGCGUAUUGAAGAACUUCUACACCUUAUAGUUGACAAUGUCAAUAAAAAAAUUAACAACCAAGUAUUAACAAAUGGUAAAAUCUAUAUAGAUUCUGUAUAUACUGAAAGGUCAGUUGAUGAAAGUCGUGAUAGAAAAAUUAAUUCUACUGAUGAUAAAGAGGCUGGGAAUUUGGUAAAUAUAGAAAUUGAAGAACUAACAUGUCCUAUUUGCUUUAAAGCACAGCAAGAUUUAGCUAAACAUUUAAAACAACACAAGCAGAGAAUAAGAAAAGGAUACUCUUGUAAUACUUGUCCUUACACAACAAAAUGUAAGACAACAUUGGAAGGACACAUUAAUAGUAAACAUCUGAAUUGUAAACCAUACAUUUGUACUUGUUCUAAACGGUUUUAUACCAAAAGCGCUCUAGCAGAACACAGCAAAACACACACUCAUUUAAAGGAUGUGAUCUGCGAAAUCUGUGGUGAAACAUUUCAUUACAAAAAAAGUCUUUAUAAUCACUUGAAGUUGCAUUAUAAUGAAAAAAACAUUUGA